GUAAUAUCGGUUUGCGGAUACAAUUGACCAUUUUUAAUGCUUUAAGACAAAGUUGUGUUGUGUGCGGUGGCUUGUUUGGUUAUUCCAGUCAAUUAGGAUCGUUUUGUAUGUUGCAGUAUUUUGAAAUAAGUUUUAUCGAAAGGAAGUUUUAUUAAUCAUUUUCGAACGAAUUAACGUGAAACAACUUUUUAAUACCGCUGUGUAAAGUACACUUAAAGAUAGUGUGUUUAUUAUGAAAACUAUUUAUCAACUGUACACUUUUGACACUUGGAUUUCUGCGUAAUCCGUGUUUUACAUCAGUAUUUAUUUUAACACGUUUAUUUAUUGAAGAAUUUAUUUAAACAGUGCUGAUAUUAACCAUGGCGUGUGACUGGCUGUCAGUUUACAUCGUCGUAGUGACGCUUAUGGCAGCUGAAUUUCACGUCGUGAUUGGAUUCAAUGUGGACACGGAACACGUCGUUCGAUACCAGGGUGCCAAAGGGUCCAUGUUUGGCUUCAGUGUCGCAGAACAUCGGGACAGGGGGACGAGUUGGGUGUUGGUUGGUGCCCCAGAGGAGCAGACAAAUCAACCUGGAGUCGAAAAAGGUGGCGCUGUGUACAGGUGUGACGUGAGGAGGGACAACGCUUGCCAAGAGGUGCCCUUUGACAUCACAGGAAACAACAACAAUUCGGAAGGGCGACAGAUCGACCUCAAGUCUUGGCAGUGGUUCGGAGCGACCGUGCAGAGUUCUGGUGAGGACGGCGUCAUUGUGGCCUGUGCUCCCCGUUACGUCUGGUUUUCCCAGACUCUGAGCAGGAGAGAUCCCGUGGGAACGUGCUACGUUGCCCGAAAUUCCUUCAGGGAAUAUUCCGAGUAUUCUCCCUGCAGAACACGUAACUGGGGACACCACAGACAAGGCUCAUGCCAGGCUGGUCUUGGAGCUUCCAUUUCCAAGGAUGGGCAUAGACUGUAUGUAGGGGCUGUAGGCAGUUGGUACUGGCAAGGCCAGAUCUACUCAAUACACCCAAGUGUGCAGCUGCCUUAUACUCCGCGGAGAGGUUACGCGUACGGUGCAGGGCAGUUGUUCUCCCAGAGCCUGAAUAAUCGUCCGGCAGUCGUAAACACGAAGGAGGGUUCUGCUCUGGAUGACGACUCGUAUCUUGGUUACUCAGUUGCUGUUGGUGAUUUUGGUGAUGGUGAUGGGAGUGGGGCAGCUGUUGGGAUGCCUCGAGGCGCAGGCCUUCUUGGCAAGGUGAUUCUCUAUACGUGGAAUUUGACAAAUCAUCUGAACCUGACUGGGGAACAGCUCGGUUCGUACUUUGGCUACGCAUUGUGUGUGUCGGAUUUGGAUGGGGAUGGACGGGAUGACCUUGUGGUUGGUGCCCCACUCUACACUGACCUGUCAAACAACAAGGGGAAUUAUGAGACGGGGCGGAUUUACAUCUUCUAUCAAAGCUUAGACUUCCAAGACAGAUUUCGACAGUUCCAUAAACGGGAUGGCAAAAAUUCCAGAUCAAGAUUCGGUUUAUCAUUGAGUACUCUUGGAGAUAUUAACAAGGAUAAUUAUGGAGACAUUGCUGUUGGUGCCCCAUAUGAUGGCCCAGACGGCCGUGGAGCAGUUUACAUCUUCCAUGGUUCAGACAAGGGCAUAAUGGAGAAGCCAUCACAGGUAAUCCAGGCAGAGGAUGUUCACAGAACAUCUUCGACAUUUGGAUUCUCUGUGGCUGGUGGCAUGGACCUGGAUGAAAAUGAGUACCCAGAUCUGGUGGUCGGUGCAUAUGAAGCAGACACGGCCGUCUUCCUCAGAGCUCGUCCAGUUGUGAGGCUUGAUGCGACUGUCACGUUUCGUGACGAAUCAAAGCAGAUAAGUUUGGAUACGAAGGCAUGCACGCUACCAGAUGGCACUGAUGUUGUAUGUACUGAGCUCAAUGCAUGUCUGGAGUAUAGCGGUGUUGGCGUUGAUCGUAAACUCGACUUUGAGGUGCAGUUUUUGCUGGAUGCCAAGAAACCAAAGACUCCACGCAUGUUUCUGUUAUCAGAGGCAGGCCGUAACAUAAUGAACUACACGCUGCGACUUGACAAGGAUUUGCUCUUUUGUAAGAGUUUUCCUGUCUACAUAAAGAGUGGUAUCAGAGACAAGCUCACUCCCCUGGAAGCAGAGAUGCGUUAUAGUCUGCGUACCGGCAGCGAUGCCACCCUGGCAGGUAGACGUCGAGUUACUCGUUCGCUUGUCCCCGUCUUGGAUCAGAGUAAGGAUUCUGUGCGUCGUGACUCCAUUAGCAUCCAGAAAAACUGUGGGCCAGACAACAUCUGCAUACCUGACCUCAAGCUCACUGUAACACCAAGCGUCAAUAGAUAUCUCCUUGGCUCUGGUCACCGCCUGGAACUGGAUGUCAUUGUAGAGAAUAAGGGUGAAGAUUCGUUUGAGACGACAUUUACAAUGGGAAUGCCCGUGGGUGUCAACUAUAUCAACAUAGAGCGUAUGGACAAUGCAGAACAAGAGUUCCUUGUUCAGUGUUCAGCACCGUCACAAACCAACAACAACACGCUUCGCUGUGACCUUGGUAACCCGCUGCCCCAGAACCGACUUGCGCACUUCAAGGUGCUCUUGAAACCGUCUCUUACGGAAGUGAUGAAACCCCGGUAUGAGUUCAAAAUGAGUGUGAACAGCACCAAUCCUGAGCAGGAACUUACAACCGAUGAUAACAGAUUCAAGCUCGCCGUGCCAAUCUGGGUGGACGCAGAGUUGGAGAUACAUGGAGUUUCAGAGCCCCCAGACCUUCAUUACAAUAUGACGCUGUAUGACGGUGCAGACAACGCGACCCACGAAACAGAAGUCGGACCGCAACUUGUUCAUACGUAUUCGAUUAUCAACAGAGGCCCGUCCAGCAUCACAGAAGCAGAGGCGUACUUUGUGUGGCCUUCCUUUACAUUUGAUGAUGAAAACAUUUUGUACCUUGUUGAGAUGCCUGAGACCGAGGGUUCUGUGAGAUGCGAGCUCGUUGGCGACGCCAAAGCAAAUGCUCUAAAUUUAAAGUUGGAUCGCAAGAAGAAACUAUAUUUUGAACAUAGCUCAAGUUCAUCUCAUGUUGCAACGUCGGUCAGUUCAAGUACUUCAGUCUCCUCCUCCUCCUCCUCCUCCUCCUCUUCAUCGUCAUCAUCAUCAUCAUCAUCAUCCAGCAGCAGCAGUGGCUCGAGGACUCAGCAUGGCAGUCGAGAUGAAGAUCAUUCUGAUCGUAGACUCAUGACGUUAACAGAAGAGGAAAGGAGACGUUAUGAAGAGGAGAAGAAGUCGGGCGUUGAUGCUGAGGAAGAACAGUCAAGAACAAGCGGAAGCAGGAGUACUUCACAUGAUGUAGAAAGUAGAUACAAGGUAGAAAGUCGUCAUGGUGGAGGCAGAGGGCACGGGGGUGGAGUUAGAGUGGAAAAUGAAAGGGGACGGACUGAUAGUUAUAGAGGCGGAUCAGCUGUUGGCCAGGAUAGUGACAGUAAAGGAAGAGUUGAAGAUAAAAGGGGUGGUAGUGGAGUAGAUGUAAAUACAGGUGGUGCAGGGGUGGGGGAAGCAGAAGGUUCUAGGACGCACUCUUCACGUAACUUUUCUGCGACAUGGAGUGAAAACGGUGAGGCCCCACGCAGUUACAGUAACUACAGCUACUCUAACUGGACGUCUGGAGGGGAAGUUUCGGGCGUCGGUUCUGCCGCCUAUGGGAAGGGUAGCCAUGAGACGACAAGUUCUCAUCACUCCUCUUCUAGUUCAGCUGGCUCAGGAGGUGGGUAUGUGGGACAAGUUGGUAGCUCUGCGCACUUGGACGGUACGGGAAACGUCCGACAACACAGUUGGUCAUCAGGUGAUGCAGAAGGCUCAGAUAAUGUUGGAAGAGGUUAUCAAGGUGCAGGUUAUGGUGCUGGAGGUGCACAUUUAACUUUUUCGACUGAAACCUCAGAUAUUUCAGACAAUAUCGGAGCAAGGUAUCAGAGUCCGCAUCUGUCAAAUGCUGGAAGAACUGGUUUGGUUCAGGGUACUGGAAACAGAACAAGGUUAGAAGAGCAUCAGACUUGGUUGACUCAAGAUAAUGCUCAUGCAGGUACCAGUAGAUUUGGUUCAGAGCUGGAAGAAAGUGCUCGGGGUUCCGGUGGCCUUCGUCAUUAUAUUUGGACGCCCGAAAUAUCGGGAGAUACUCUUGGCAGGCAUGAAACUUCUAGUUCCGGUUUAGAUAGUGCCAGGGGCCAUAUUGGCAGAAAUUCACAUAUUGGUAUUGAAACAGACAAUGCGGCAGCUGGAAAGCAGUGGUAUUCGGGCAGUGGUUCUUCUCAGUACGGAGUAGUUGGCGGUGAAGACGAGGCUAGACGACAACAUGGCAGCCAUUCUGGUGGCUCAUAUAGUUGGAGCACUGUUGACAGAGGUGUCACACAGAGUCAAGGUUCAGAUAACAAUCGUGAUUAUGACGCGUGGACGAGAGGAGGACAUGACGCUCGUGAAACAAAUGCGGAUAAUAUCGACUACAAUGCCGGCAGGAGAGGAAGCGGAUCGCACGGUGCCGGUGGCAGUGUUGACGUAACACAGCACUACAGUUCCUCAAAUUUGGGUUACGGUGAAGGCACUGGGCAGCAUGGCUCUGGUGUCUCUCGGCAGUACAGUUCCCAUCGUGAGAGUGGUACGAGCUGGAGUUCAAGUGACAGGACGGUCAGUGAGAAUAAACUUGAAGGUACAGACGAUCAGUCUUCUGGUCAGCUUAAGUUGUACCGUAAAUACAGGCACCAUAGUUCCGUUGAAGAUGGUCACAAAGAAAGGCGGUCAAGACAACGACGUAAUGUGGACGAUGCAGAACUCGAACAGGCAACACGAUGCAACAUUACUAAAUGUUCGAAGAUGCGCUGUGUGCUCGGACCCAUGGCUAAGGGCGAAGAAAUUAAAUUUGCCUUCAGAUUCCUUGUAUGGGCAAAAACUCUCAAGUCGCUUGGAUACAACAGGCCUGCCAAUGUUUCAAGUUUGGUUGCAACACGACUAACACGCCUGCCAUACGUUGGGGCACCCGAUCAAGUCAGUCUGCGCACAGAAGAGGUCAUCACUGAAGUGGUGCCCACGGAUGCACCACUGAAACCAGAGAUUGUGCCCCUUUGGAUUGUGGUUCUGUCUGCUUGUGCUGGUGCUGUCAUUCUACUGUUACUCAUAUUCUUACUGUGGAAGUGUGGUUUCUUCAAGAGGAACAGGCCCAGUAGCGCGCCGGAAAAACAGCCGCUGAACCGUAAUGGUCAUUACGAACCUGGAGAUGAAGCGUUGUGAUUAUGCAGCUCUAAAGGGAGGGAAAGAAUAAAUUGACUACGUGGCAGCUUGCUGAAGAAGGCGGUGAUGAACCGUGGAUACCGAAACUGUAGACGAGUGUGAUGUGAUAAAAAUGUCACUUUUAUAAAUGUGAUGGAGAAUGGACGACAUCUCAGUUGCCAUACGUCUAUCAGUCCAAUGCGCAUUUAAAUUUCUGUAAAUGCGCUUUGUGGUCCAGUUUUCUCUGGUCUAGGAACAAAGACGUUAAGAUAUGUAAAAAUCAAAUGUAAAAGAACUGACUUUGCAAAUAUGUAACAUAAUAAUUAGGAGUAUUUUUACGAAUGAGAUUUCAACGCUGUUAGAGCUACAAUAAUUUUAAAGAGACAGAACUUUGGUGUUGAAUAACUUGUACUGUAAAUUUUUAACGUGGUACAGGAACCAUGUUUCUACCAAGAAAACUAUUUAUAUUUGAAGGAUGUCAUGAAUAUUUUUCAAUUUUGAGAUGGAAAUUUUGGGCGUAAAGAGUACAUACCCCUGCACUGAAGGGUUAAACAAUAGUUUGUUCACAUUGUCAAAUAGCUACAUACAGAACUGAUAUGCUUCAAAAACAACUAAUUUUGUUUUGAGAAAGGACGAAUCGUCAUAAACAUAAUUAUUAUAUUUUGGACAUUAAUAUUUAGCUUAAGACAUACUGUAUUUUUUUUUUCAAAGGCUAAUCUGUAAUGCUCUGUAAUGUUUGUGAGCUAGCGACUCAGCAUCUUGAUUCUCCUUACAACUAGACAAAGUAACAAGCUUGUUAUAAAUAAAUAUGGUCAGAAUAAAAUGAAUAUGUGCCUAAUAAAUGAAAAGAAUGCAUAAUA